GACGAUGGUUUGAAAGCGCGGCGUGGGAGGAGGAGCCCAGUGUAUGGAUAGGGCUGACAGACCCUGGCAGCCGUCCUCGCCGCUGCCAGGCCGCUUUUGUCCCCUCCCCUCCUCGGUGUGCUCAGCCCCGCCGGCGGCGUGGAGUUGGUGGUCCUGAAGAUCCAUUCCCCGCGCCACCAAGGUCGCCAUCUUCACCCCCCGCUCCUUCUCAGAACCUCCCAAUCAGGCUCACUGGCGCCGGCCGGGAACGCAGGAGGGGCCUGCGGCGGGCGCGCCCGCUGCAUGUAACGGCCGCGCGGUAGCGGCCUCCUGCGCGGAUCCUCUCGGCGUUCUUCACAGCCCCAGCACCGCAGGGAGAGGGCGCGGAGCGCCCGGCAGCCGGAGACUGAGGUACCGGGGCGCGGCGGGCAAACAAAGGAGCGGGCGCCACCGUGGUCAGCGGUGAGUGGCGAGGGCAAAGGUCCGAGGUGUCUCCGCUCUCGCCGCCUCUCUUCUGCGGCGCGACCAAGGGUCUGUAACAUCAGUGCUACAAGCUGCCAGUAAGCAGAAUCCAGAGCAAACAAAGCAGCAGAUGCAAGGAGUCCUGAAUAUUCUCCGAUCAGGAUGACAUGCUGACCUGGACCAGCAAGAAGUCAGGAGCACAUUCCUGUCUGCUGACUCUGCUACACAGGUUCAUAUAACACUAGGGACCAGAGGACCAUAUGUAACAUUCUGUGGUGCUGGGACCAACCUUCUGAAAGAAGAAUCUAAAAUAACUUUUUGCCUUCAAGUUGUUUGUCCUGGGACUGACUUGGUUUUGCAGAAGAGCUCAAGAGAAAAAAAGAUUUUCAUGGAAUUAUAAAUAAGCUGUCUAAAGAACUUGCUACCUGAAGACAGAGGCUGAGUCCUGCUUUUCGUCUGUAUUCCUGCUUCAGAUUGUAAACAAUGAGUGAGUUUUGGUUGUGUUUCAACUGCUGUAUUGCAGAACAGCCUCAACCUAAAAGACGACGGAGAAUUGACCGAAGCAUGAUUGGGGAGCCAACAAACUUUGUUCACACAGCUCAUGUAGGAUCAGGAGACCUAUUCAGUGGAAUGAAUUCGGUCAGCUCAAUUCAGAACCAAAUGCAAUCCAAAGGAGGCUAUGGGGGUGGCAUGUCUGCAAAUGUUCAGAUGCAGCUUGUAGACACAAAGGCAGGAUAACCCUGGGGAAAACUUUCCAGUUUAUGUGGGUUCCUGUAUCUUCUUUCCUGUGUCCCCUCUUUGCCUUGGUGACUGCUUUCUGUGCUCAUGGCGAGAGAUAGGAUUGCUCAUUGCUCUCUCUUUGUGAUUACUCCAGUAAAAAGUUGCUGUUCUGCUCUGAUGAUGCCAUUUGUCAGAUUGGUCCAACCGUGCCUUUUGGUGGCAUAUACAUGCUGAUUUCUACCAGUGUCAUGGACAUUGAUCUGUUUAUGGUUGGUUUUAGCUGUCUGUUUGUUUUAAGCCAAAUUAAAGCACCAACCAUAUUCCCUCAUCCUUCAGAAGUACUAAAGCACAACAUUCUCUUGUGUUUCAGUCAUCAAAUCUCUUCUCCACUCAAGUAAAUUUGAAACGAGUGAGUUUCUAUUAAUGUCUUAAAUCAUCUGUUCUUCAUACCCAUUUUUUGAAAGGUCUGGGACAUGCAAGCACAGUGAUAAUCAUACAAUGACCACGCAGUUUGUGAGGUAGUUUUGUAUAGUGGAAGGAAAUAUAGAAGAAAAAAUUAAAACUGUGUAUUGCAGACUGGUGAAAAAUUUGGCUGCAGCAUUAAUUCAUCCCUGUUUCUGAAAAACUGUAACUUUGCUACUUCAGAGCUAUGUCUUUAUGACAGUUUUUAUCCAACUCAUCUUGAUAUCAUAAAGAGAGAGCUUGCAUUCACGAGGCAUUUGUUGUAAAUUUUCAAUAUAUUUAUUUUGAAAGAGCUGACCUUCAGACUGUAACCCAGUGUAGUACCUAUCAAAUCUAAGUUUGUGGAAGUUCUUUAGUUAUUUAAAAAAGAAAAGUAUCAUGUUUGGCUGCUUCUUUUUCUUCUACAGGUUUUCAUAAUUUUAGGCUGUGUGAUCAUUUCCAAUAGCACCAUAUCAGACUGCUUGAAAAAUUAGCUGAAAAAUUUAGAGACUUAGCUCUAAGUAGUUGUCAGUUUCUGUGUACUAAAUAUUUAAGGGUCAGAGCAAUUUACUAAUCUGGCAGAACAAAUGGUAAUUAAAACAAAAUACAGGGUAACUUUUUACUAAAUCAGUAAAAUGCCUUUUGCUCAGGUUCCAAAGCAUGUUUCUUUUACACAUUGUGAAAAUGUGUUUUAUCGUCAUACUGUUAUCAUUUGCAUCUAUAAGCUUUCCCUUUUUUCCCUUGUGAUUGAUGAUUUGAGAGAAGUUGAUGCUUUGAGUCCUGGUUGAGUUAAAUUUUUAUGUGAUAAAAAAAAUAUCUUAACAAAUAAGGCAUAACUGAGCCUGGUCAGAUCCAUUUUUAUACACAAAAAGCUCAUGUGUUUAUAAAUAGAAACUGUUAUCAUAAAUUAUUUUAAUUCUUUUUCCAUCUUUUCCUUGAUUUCACAUUGUCACAGCUGUCAGACUGAUAGAAGCUUAGGUAUGAGUCUACCUGAUCUCCUCUCUCAGUUUGCAGACAACACACAGAAGACAGGCCAGGGAGGGAGGAUGCCCUCUCUGUGAUGAAUUCCAGUGGUAGGUGUCAAUUACCUGGCUGAAUAGUUCCAAUUAGGUUGGAUAGUCAGUCUUCACUGAUUAAGGUACUGAUUUGUAGUGAAG